CGGCUUUGUUCAAGUUAUCCGGUAGUUGCGUACACGCGGUGAACAAAUUUUCUCCCUUGAGCAAUUAACAAAUCAGUCACAGAGUAUCUCAUUAAGGUUUAAGCAUACUGAUCAACUCUAGGGGCUGGCCAACUUUAUCUGACACUUCAGCUCUGGCCCUCCCCAUCCUUUUCCCUGCAUCCCUCAUCAUCAUGGGUCUCGACUUUGGUCAGGCGAUUGGCACAGCUUGUGCGACAUUCGCCAUCACCAACAUCGACGACAUUUUCGUUCUCGUCGCGUUCUUCGCCGAGGCUACGACGAGUCGAUCGCUCACGCCUGCCAAGAUCGCUAUCGGACAAUAUGUCGGGUUUACGGUCAUUGUCGCCGUGAGCAUGAUUGGCUUUGGAGCGUCGCUACUCAUUCCUGCCGAACCAAUUGGAUUUCUCGGUCUGUUGCCAAUAUUGCUGGGUAUAUGGUGGAUUCUGAGUUAUAUCUUUAGCAAGGAUGAGGAUGAGGAGGAGUCUCUGGAUCAAGAGUUGACAACUGCCGAUGGGUUCAAGAGUGUCUUCAAGGUAGCUUCCAUUACUGUCAUGAAUGGCGCCGACAAUAUCAGCACGUAUAUUCCUCUCUUUGCAGAAGCGAAAGCUGGAGAGCUGGCUAUAUAUAUAGUCGUUUACUACAUCAUGCUUGGCGUAUGGUGUUUCGCUGCAUAUCUCAUCAUGCGGCAAAAGCAUGUUCUACACAUUGCUCAGAAAUAUGCCCGCAGGUUGGUACCGUUCCUCUAUGUUGGCCUUGGAAUCUUCAUCAUCGUCAACUCAGAGUGUUAUCCCUGGGCUAUUGAGGAGAUUGAUGAUGACAUUGCAUCACAUCCAGGCAAGAUUGUCAUGGGUGUUACGACUGCUGGUUUUUUGGCGAUCUGCAUUAGCGCCAUGCUUUGGAGGAAGUUGAGCCAGAGGUCGGAGGAAGUUCUAGUAGGUGAUGCAUCGUCUGCUGUCGAUGGUCAACGAGGUUCACAGGAAGGAGGACGAGACACGGAACAAGAGGUUGGAGAGCAAUCUGAAGUUAUCAGAGACGCAGGCCACAACGAUGGUUCUACGAACAAGACCGGAGCGCAAGUCAAGAAUGUCCCCGUUGACGUUCCCAGGGAGGGAGGCUCGGCGGUAUAAAGACCAUUACAGAUAAAGAGAUGACUCUAGCGGGAAGCAGCACCUGGUCUGGCAUCAGGUUAUUCUUAAUAAUAUUUCUCCCUUGCGACAUCGUCAUCUUGCCAAAGACACUACAUAACGCCCAAUCGGUCGAAGUGUAGGGUGAGCAGGGCUUAUCAAAGCUACAGUCAUGUGCAGAUUUUCUGCCGUCAAGUGCAUUCGCAGAACGCCCCCCAUUCGACGCCAUGCCGGUAUCCAUGAUCGAUA